AUGAGAAUCUUUGUGCAGUCAAUCGACUACAACAUCUGGAAAAUCAUCCUCAACGGACCAGACGUCCCCACCAAACAGAACGCUGAUGGAGAAGUUAUGGCUAAAGAAGACAACGAAUGGACAGAGGAAGAAAAGAAGAAGGUUGAACUCAAUGCCAAGGCAAUAAAUCUGAUGCACUUCGCAAUCAGUUUUGAAGAGUUCAGAAAAGUGUCAAGGUGUAAAAUGGCUAAAGAAAUAUGGGACAAGCUCAGACUCACUCAUGAAGGCACCAAGCAAGUGAGGGAGACCAGAAUUGACAUGCUGAUGAAGGAAUAUGAAAUGUUCAGCAUGAAGGAGGAUGAGAGCAUCGAUCAAAUGUUCGAAAGGUUCUCAAUAAUCAUCAACAAUCUGGAUGCCAUGGAAAGGAGCUACUCUGAAGAAACCUUAGUGAGGAAGAUCCUGAGGAGUCUCACAAAAAAAUGA